AUGACACUCGUUAUCUUCUCGUGCGGAUUGAUAUUCGGCAUCGCUCUCGCCCUGCUGAUGGCCAGCCUGAGGUGCUACGACGAAUACAAUGCCGCCCGGGCAGAGCUGGAGAGCGUCCGCAGCAAACUCAAGUGAGCACACGAUGCUGCGCAAAAGGCCCGGCAAGAUGACACUGGGCUGUCUCUGUGUCAUCCAUCCAUCUUUCAGGGCGGCGAUCACGCAAUUGCAGAUGGCGGCGUCCUGUGAACGCUUCGAAAGGUCGAUGGAGGAGAUCCUCCCGAAGAUGGAGCAGGCCAAGUGCGGCCCACGUCAGCCUGGACGGACUAGCGAGGGGGGGAAAGACUCGCGCCGGGACGCUGGUGGUGGUGGUGGUGAUGCUCCGCCGGCAGUCGGGGCAGAUGAGUCGGACGGUGAAGAGGACGCGGUUGACGGAGGUGGCAGUCUCUCGCUGCCGCCACUGAAUGCCGGUAGGCAGAGCGGGAAGGAGGACGGUUGUAUGUUCGUUUGGAUGGAUGGAUGGAUGGAUGGAUGGAUGGGUGGAUGGAUAGUUGUAGCGCUUGGUCUACUGGUGGUGCUGGUGGGGAUGAAUGCGUUAAUCGAGCAGGCAAGCUGUAUGAUUCAUGCCAUUCAUUCCUGACUUGUUUUGUUUGGUACAUAUCAUAUGCGUCUGUCUGUAUGCAGCUGUGCCAGUCGAAUCGCCACGGCACGGAUGCAUACAUGUUGGUACGGAUGCCGUGUGUGUCAAUUGGAGAAUCAUCGAAUGCCACAUAUGGUUGAGUAUUGGAUGGAUUGCAGUCACAUAUCUCGGGCAGCUCUGGCCUGACGAUUGACCAACGCAUUUCUCUGCACGGCUGGCUGGUUCGUCCCAUCUACCGGUACGCAGGCAGCCGUACACACAUGUGCUCGACCGACAUGAACAACCUGGUGCUCUGUGAUAGGUCUUCCCGCGACGGCACCUCUUAUGCCGAUAUGCUCCGCUGUGUGGGCGACAACACGAGUCGCAUAGUGUUUAUCAUCUGGAAGGAUCAGUACGUCUUCGGCUGUUACAUCAGUGGCGGCCUGCGGCUGCCCGACGACCACAAUGGCGUGAAAAUGCAAUGGUGCGAUGUGUGGUAUUUCUCACUGGCCGGGCACUUCGCCAGGCCGACCAUGAUCGACCUACGAGGCCGAGGGUGGCAGUUUGUGGAGGUGGCGGGGAGAGGGGGGCUGUAGAUGGCUGUGCGAAGGUAUAUGUGGGUGGGCAUCUGUAUUUGGGCUGCGAUGGCACUGGUCGGCCUGCUGCCGACAUCCGCCGCUGUCGUCAGUUCACCCUCAGCAGCCAUGUACCUUACGGUUACACGGGAAAGAAGAACCAGCAUGGCCAUGCGGUGCUGGGUGGGUCGACUGAGUUUCAUGCUGACGAUAUAGUGAUAUUGCACGUUGGGCAGUGAGACAGUGAGGGAGAGAAAUAGGUGGGGCUGUAUGUGGUUCUUGUCGUCGAGUUUAAUCCGGGAUGUGGUGUCUUAUAUUUUUUCUCUUUUCUGUUUCUGUUCCCUCUCUCCUCUGUCACGUUCCCUCUCGGCUCUGUCCCGUUCCCUCUCGGCUCUGUCCCGUUCCCUCUCGGCUCUUUCUGACUUUAUAGAUCCUGUGUUUUUGUAGUAUAUGUCGAAGUCCAGUGUCGGACGCAAUGUCUUUACGAGCUGCACGAGACGCGAUUGUAUAGACGUCAAACCAAACAUGCAUCUUUUCGCCUUUGUUCCUUAACUCGAGUACAGGGCCACCCAUGUGCGUGUGCUGUUUUCAAUCGACCGGUCGGUCCUUAGUGAGCGCGCAUUAUAUGAAGCCCGUGUUGGUGACUUUUGUGCCGGUGUGAACCUCAGUCUGACAGGAAAAAGUCUUACAUCUCCGGAAGUUAACUGUCG